UUUACAACAGGAGGCAUUUUUGAAUUUCUGGAAGGACCCACGGGACAGCUUGUGAGUGCAGAAGAACAAGCAUUCAGAUUUGCAGCAAACAUCAUCAACAGAAAUAGAACAUUAUUACCAAAUACAACUCUAACCUAUGAUAUUCAAAGAAUCAAUCUUUACGACAGCUUUGAAGCUAAUCGAAAAGCUUGUGACCAGCUGGCCCUAGGAGUGGUUGCUAUUUUUGGACCAUCUCACAGUUCGUCCUCCAACGCUGUCCAGUCUAUUUGCAAUGCAUUGGAAGAAGUACCGCAUAUUCAGGUCCGAUGGAAGCACCAUCCUCUAGAUAACAGAGACACAUUCUACGUAAACUUGUACCCAGACUAUGCUUCUCUAAGUCACGCAAUCCUGGAUCUUGUACAGUUUUUAAAGUGGAGGUCGGCCACAGUAGUUUUAUGAUGAUAGCACAGGUCUUAUUCGAUUGCAAGAGCUCAUUAUGGCCCCUGCUAGAUACAACAUUAGACUAAAAAUACGUCAGCUUCCACCAGAGUCUGAAGAUGCUCGGCCACUCCUGAAAGAGAUGAAGAGGGGAAGGGAGUUCCGCAUUAUCUUUGACUGCAGUCAU